GAUGAAGAUAAGCAUAAGCACCGUAAACAUCCUAGCCCUCUUGGCCAUACGAGUCCUUCCGGGCGAAAUGGAUUUAUGCAUUUAUUGACCGCCAUUGCCAUCCCUGUUCACACUGGGAAUUUUGCAUGCCCUCGUUCAUCGUUUCACGGUGGACCAAUAUGGAAGAUGAAUCUUCAGUGCUGACGAAUACUCUUUCGUCAGAUCCAAGCCGCGGACAACUCUCCAGCAAAGGUGAUCAAGCAUGCCAGCCUCCCCAUAUUUCGGCCGAUGUCUCAGCCCGACAACCAUUGCCGCCUGAAGGCUCAGCGAGAAAUCUCUAUGAAUUCAACAACUUCGCAAAACUACCUGCAGAAGUCCGAAGCAAGAUUUGGAACCUGGCGUUCUCUCUAUCUUCACCUCGAAUAUACAUUCCGUACGCACGCCGAAUAGAAGAGAGUGGGAGGCAGUAUCCUCACUAUCGACACGACUCGCCAGGACUUAUGGUCUUGUGCAAAGAAGUCCGGGAAAUCACCAUCAGAAAUCGAAAACUUUCUCUCAUCUCGGGCAGAUAUGAUUUCUGUACCUUGAAAUAUGUCGACCACAUAUACGGCUGGGUUGAUGCAAAACGCGACUUACUCUAUAUCGAUCUCCAUCGGGACAUCCAAGGUCAUUUUGAUUAUAUCGAGAAUGUCUUUGAAACUGUAAUUCUCUGUCCAAAGAACAUCGGAAAUGCGUUCCAUCUGGAGGAACUGUCUCGUUGGUCUCCAGCACUAUCUCAUUUUUAUUCCUCAGAAUCGGGUCCAUCGUACUUACCAAAGGUCAAAGAACUACAACUCGUUUGCCGAUCAUACAAUCUCCCAAUUUCUAGGUUUUUGGUCGGAACCCAGAAUGAUUUUUUAGUCUUGGAUCUUGACAAGGAGGAUGAUAUAAACUGGUUUUUAGCAUUACGGAACCGUUUUCCAAACUGCAACAUUCCUUGGAAUGUUAUUGAAAAUGACUUUCUUCGAGAAAGAAACCUUGAUUGGCAACUUGGAGUACUUAACGAUUGGCGUACAGGGGUAAAGCGUUUCAAGGGCCAAUAUCAUAUUCGCUUUGGCGAUGCCGAGAGCAAAGACAUGCGAUAUGUUCCUUUGCCGACGGAUGUGCAAGUGGAUGUUUUGGAUAUUGCUAAUGAUACUUGGGUUGACCCGGAUGGCAUUUCGGAUAAUUUCCAGGGCUAUUUUUGGUUCAUGGUGCCGUGGGCGGAUUAUGCGACUUUGAUCAGUCAAGUCUGGGCCUCGUCCAUCGGUGUAGAAAGAUUUCCCAAGGUACGACGGGUUGUACAAUUUCAUCUGGAAGGCUAAGACGCACGAUUGAUAGUUUCAGAACUGAAACAACGUAUACAGCUUUAGAUGAGUUUCAGAAGGCUGCCGUCCAAUCAAUUAGAUCAGAUUAGAACCCAACUCUGG